CUCACCGACGCAGUUGACAUAGUUGUCAAAUGUCAACUGAAGAGACCAUAUAGAUAACAGGAUCCGUAAAUCCCCACUUGACAAUUCUUGAGGCGACAUAUCAUUCUAAUUUUCGGAGGGUCUUAAGUGAACACAUCCUUUCUUACCGUCGUACCCCCAUGUACGUAGCUGUGGCGAAUGGUUCGUUAUCCAAGCCCCCAACAUCAGAGUCAUCCGGACCAAUGGAAGCGCUGAUGUCGAUGUCAGGCCUCACUGGGACGACGAGUCAGGAGCCCAGUAGUGCCGUCCAAAGUGCUUCGAAGAUCAAGGACGAAUUGACCAAGAGAAUGCUCAAUGACCAGGAAAAACCCAUGGACAAGGUCACGGCUACGGCAGCAGCCCAAGCUAUGGCCAUGAAGAGUUUCUUGGAGAAACUGAACAUGAACUUUGCUCUGAAUCCUCCACCCCAGAUUGAAAUGCGAGCGUCUAAGGUUCGAUCUAGCAGUAACGUCUUGGGCGUGUGGGCCAAGGAUGAGAUCCCAUCCGGGAUGCGAUAUGGUCCAUUUUUGGGGAAAUGGGCGCUGGAUGUCACCAACAAAGAUUUCGCCUGGGAGGUUUUGGUGCCAUCCGCAGGAAUCCGGGGAUUCCUAGAUGCUUCUGAAUACGGCUCCUGGCUCAAACAUGUCCAAUGCGUUCCAGAGGACAAUCCUGAGCAACAAAACAUCACUUAUACCAUGGUCGAGGGUCAGAUCUACUAUGAAACUAUUCGGGACAUUCGGGAAGGAACCGAGCUUGCGUUGGGGCCCAAGCGGUCCAUCAUUCUUGACCAGAACGACAAUGCCUCCUCAAAUGGGUUAGGUCUAGACUCCUCCAAAGGUAGUAACCUCCUGGAACGACCUGAAGGAUCUAGCGAGGAUGGAACAAUCGACCGCGAUGAGCAUCACCAUUCAGAAGGCGAAGAUACGACUCACGCGGCUGACGGGGAGGAGGAAGACGAGGACGACGACGAAUCUGGGGCAAAGUGCAUUAAAUGCGAGAAGGUCUUUCCAGACAUUUCUUUAUUGGACCAUCACAUGGUUGAAGCUCACAGCCACACCCCGAGCCAAUACCGAUGUGAGCAUUGCUCAGAGAGCUUUGCUUGGCGACCCAACUUACUCCGUCACAAGAUGAUUCAUGGUGAAUUCAGACGUUUCCCAUGUGAGAACUGUGACAAGGUCUUUACCGAUCCCAGCAAUCUGCAGCGGCACAUCCGUACAAACCACGUGGGAGCCCGAAGCCAUGCUUGUCCCGAAUGUGGCAAGACCUUCGCCACGAGCUCCGGCUUGAAACAACACACGCACAUUCAUAGUUCGGUGAAGCCCUUCCGCUGCGAAGUCUGCUUCAAGAGCUACACUCAGUUCUCCAAUCUUUGCCGACAUAAGCGUAUGCACGCCAACUGUCGGAUGCAGAUCAAGUGUCACAAGUGCGGCCAGGCCUUCAGCACUGUCACAAGUCUUUCCAAGCAUCGGCGGUUUUGUGAUUCCACGCCAUCCCCUUACCUGGCCUUAGCGGCAUCAGCCCAUCACUCCUCUUCAACCAAUGGGGGGAGUUUAUCCCCCAAGUUGAUGAAUACGUCAUCAGCAGCAUCCUCGCCCUUAUCCAAGAUGGGCACUGACACGUCGUCCCACGACUUCAGCUCGGUUUGCUUCGGCAAGUCCUUGGGUACUCCCGCAACCCCAACCUCGUCCUCAAAUGCAAGCGGUGCGGGUCUGGGAUUAAAUGCCGGUCACGGUCAUUCGUUGGCUAUGAGUCAAGCGGCUGCGGCCAGUUUAUUGUCACCUUACGCCGCUGCUCACUUUUUGCAACAGAAGCAUCACCAACAACAGCAGCAGCAACAGCAGCAGCAACAACAACAACAACAACAGUCGACCAAUGCCCUGGCUGCCUUGGCCAUGGCUGGAGUACAAAAUCCCUUCGCCAAUUUCUUUCAAAGUCCACAUCUUCUGUUACCCAAUGUAUUGCAUAGAUUGGCCAAUCAACAACAGUUGCUCUCUCAGCCUGGUCUUGCUCAUGGCUUCCCAGUGGGACUAUCUGGAUCCCUCACCAAUGGCAAUCGGCCUCAAUCACUUUCACCCCCGAGUUCUUCGUUGAAGAGGAAAGCCUCAGAGAGAAGUGCAAUAAUCGAGCGGCCCUGGUUGGACAAGAAACGCCUGAUCGAAGAACGCCCAAAACGUCUUUCACAUGAUGGAAGUGUCGAAGAAAAUCGAACCGUCAACCACGAGGAAUAUGAGACCAAAAGAGAGAGCCCAAGUUACUCCAAAUCAGUCAGACUAGGCAAGGGAACGAAUGACGAGGACGAUGGCGAGGACGUGGAUGUGAACCGAAAUGUGUCCCUGGAGGAGAAACAUCUUGAGACCGUGAAGACGGACGAAGACGAGGAGGCUGUCGAGAGGCGAACAGAGCUCGUAUUGAAGUCUAAAGGGUCGGAGAAUGGCUUCAAAAUAGAGCCAUCUGAAUCCAGUGACAUUGGACCUGCUCUAGACCUCUCGCGUAGCAAUUUGAAACCCAGCGUUGGAAAGACGAGCUUUCCCAAAGGUAUUAGGCCCGUGAAGGAGGACACUUUAAAGCGCUCUCAUGGAUCUGAGCCAGACGAGGAAGAAAUUGAAGAACCCGAGGAAGACGAAGAAAUCGACGACAUGGCAGAAGACGAUGAUGACGAGAAUGAUAACGAUAACAAUGAGGAAGACGGUGAAGACUUUGAAAAGAGUAGCAGUGACCCUGAGCGACCAAUAGAGCCCAAAGGAUUUCAACCAGUCAAAGAAGGGAAAGCCUUUGUGCCUGUCAAGGAGAAGGUUGAAGGCUUUCUAGCUCGGAAAGGGGACCAUCAGCAUCAUCAACAACAGACCCGUCAUCAUCCCCAUCAGCAUCCCCACCAUCAAGUUGGCGAGGAGAGGUUCGGCGGGGAUCGCUUCCCCAACUCACACGCUUUGGAAGGAGCUGGUCAUUUUAGCCCCAAGAGUUUUUCGUCCUCUCCGGCCUCGUACCCUCCACGACCCAUUCACCCCUUCCUAUUAGAAGCCAUGUAUCGAAUGCAUCACCGGCCCUCUUCUGGAGCAGAAAGUGCCGCCACCCCUUUUCCAGGCAUAAUCCCCGAUCAUGGAACCCUGAAUGGAAACGCGGCUGUUCCCCCUCGUUUUCCGUCGUACUUUCCUCCCUCGUCCAUGAUGAUGUCAGGCAGUCGGGCUUUGGAGGAGCGAAGCUUUUUCCCCUCCCGAUGCUAUCCCGACUUGAUUGCGGGGAUGGGCUCCAAAAGUAACAAGGACCGCUACUCAUGCAAGUUCUGCGGAAAGGUUUUCCCCCGCUCUGCCAAUCUGACUCGCCAUCUUCGAACGCACACAGGAGAGCAGCCGUACAAAUGCAAAUACUGUGAGAGGUCCUUCUCGAUUUCCUCUAACCUUCAACGCCAUGUUAGGAACAUCCACAACAAGGAAAAGCCAUUCAAAUGCCCUCUCUGUGAUAGAAGUUUUGGGCAGCAAACCAAUCUUGACCGGCAUUUGAAGAAGCACGAAACCUGCUCGGAUCCUUCGGCCAUCGUCGACUCGCCUGAAGGUCCCCGGGGAGCCGAAGAAGAGGGAUACUUUGACGAAAUCCGAUCCUUUAUGGGCAAAGUCACGGACCAGCCACAUCACCCGUUCUCCUCGGAGUAUUCGCCCAGACACUCGGACGCUGACAUUGACGUGGAAGAUGAAGAAGACGAAAUUAGCCUUGAGCAAGAAUGAGAACAAAAAGAGACGUAGGAGGACCAAAGAGAGGCAGGCGGCGCCAACGAUAACACAUAUAUCUGCUCAUGAUACCCUACGUACGUAAAGCGCCGAUGAUCGUUGGGUGGAAGAUCAACGCUCAUUUCUUGCUUGUAUUGUAAGUUUGCUAACAACGAGCCAAUGCCUACCAACGAUUGAGAUCAGAUUCCUCUUAUCUCAACAUGACAUUGUACCGCAAUGUCAACUCUCGUCCCUCGGUGAGACCUCCUCAGAGGACCAGAAAGAACAUGGCUUGUGGCAGUUACCGGUGGUCCAUUAUGGUUCCUGCCAACCCUGCUACUGUCGUUGGCAGCGAGUGACACUCACUUCUAUUGUUCUCCGCACCGUUAUACGGUGGUAUACCUAAAGUAAUAGUGUUGAUAGUACUGGUCCGUGCAAUGGGCGUUUGCUCACAGUAGGUGAUUAAUUUUGUUGCGUGUUGAAGAUUUUUCAAGUGCUUAAAGAGCCAGAACGAGA